GGUGUGAUCCGUUGACUGACGGGAUAAAACUGACUGUGUUUUGGAAGCUGCUGAACUGCGGGAAGAACUUUACACCUUUCAGCGUCCAACUACAACCAACAGGCAGGAUGAUCAGGCCAUUGCUGAUGUGUUUCAUCCUGUGCGUCGUCUACGCCACCAGUAAACCCACAGAGAAAAAGGACCGCAUUCACCACGAAGAGCCGCUCAGCCACCUUGAGCAUGAUGACUCCAAGGGCUACGACUAUGAUCACGAGGCUUUCCUGGGCAAGGAAGAGGCCAAGACCUUUGAUGAACUUACACCAGAGCAGAGCAAGCACAGACUGGGCCUCAUUGUUGACAGAAUAGAUGAGAACAAGGAUGGGUUUGUCACUGAGGAGGAGCUGAAAGCCUGGAUCAAGAAAGCUCAGAAGAAGUACAUCUAUGACAACGUAGACCGCCAGUGGAAGGACUUUGAUAUGAACAAUGACGGCCUGAUCUCCUGGGAGGAGUACAAGAACGUCACUUACGGUACCUAUCUGGAUGACCCAGAACCAGAUGGCGAGUACAACUAUAAGCAAAUGAUGGCAAGAGAUGAGAGGCGCUUCAAAACAGCAGACAAGAAUGGCGAUAUGAUAGCGGACAAAGAAGAGUUCACCGCCUUCCUCCACCCUGAGGACUAUGAGCACAUGAAAAACAUAGUGGUGCUGGAAACAAUGGAAGACAUCGAUAAGAACGGUGAUGGUUUCAUUGACCUUCAGGAGUACAUCGGUGACAUGUACAACCAUGAAGACGAGAUGGAAGAGCCGGAGUGGGUGGCAACAGAGCGUCAGCAGUUUAAUGAGUUCAGAGACAAGAACAAAGACGGGAAGAUGGACAAGGAGGAGACACUGGACUGGAUCCUGCCCUCUGACUAUGACCAUGCAGAGGCAGAGGCCAAACACCUGGUCUACGAGUCCGACUCCGAUAAGGAUGGGAAGCUGACCAAGGAGGAAAUCGUAAACAAGUAUGACCUGUUUGUCGGAAGCCAAGCGACUGACUUCGGGGAGGCGCUAGUACGACACGACGAGUUCUAGAGUCGUAGCUUGUUUAGAUAGAUUAACAAUUUUACACUGAAUUUGAUAAAUGAUGUAAUUUAUUUUGUAUGAAGCACUCAAACACUAUGUGUCCAAUUUAGUCUGAAGAACAAUGCAUUGAUAGGUUUUGCGUGUUUACAUUCACUAUUGUCUGGGUCCAGAUCUUGCCCUGCAGGCUGUUACGUUGUUUUAAUCCUCAUGGAAGCAAAAUUAGGUUUGACCAGUCGAUUUUGUUCCCUUGGAGAUUUAACUUUCUAGUAAUUCCAUUUCUUAUGAUUUUAUAUACCAUCUUUUUUGUGGUGCUUUGUAUAGUUACUGCUGCUCGUAGUCCCGCUAGAUGAUACAAGCCCAGUUUUACAUUUGUGCUUUUCUUUUGUGCCUUUGUAACUGUGUUUAGUAUUUUUAUUUUUUUUAAUCUCGUUAUGAAGUGAGAGUCUCGCUCCCCCUCUGCUGUUCAUCAGCAUCGGCACUCCAUAUGUCCUGCUCCUGUUAAGUACUAUUGUUUUGAGCUAUAGAGGACCAUAAAAUGAACAUGUUACUGACCUCUUGUUUGCAAGCUUUCUCUUGUCUUGUCACAGGAGUUAUCAAAGAUUAUCCGUAUUUUCCUAUUUUCCCUUGAUUUCUAUUCUAUGCUAACAAGUGAUUUCAUGUCACUAAUGUCUUUGUACUUUAAGAAAAGAAACCAUCUUCUGAUGCAAUGUGAGAAUUCUCAAUCCAAGUCGUAAAAUCAAAUUUCCUAAGCUGCUGAAGCUGCUUUGAAAAUCCUAAGAGAUGGUGAUGAAUCCUACACAUUUACUCAUUAGUUUUGGUUCAAUUUUCAUACAAACAGAAUGUAUGGUGAUUCUUAUUUUGGACUAAAUGCUGUACUUUGACCUCUACAGCCUGUUUCUAAAUAAAAACACAAAAUUUUCUAAAAGUG